GUAUGCGAGGACUUCGGCAUCAGGGGGAUCACGUUCGACCCGACCAACAGCCUCUUCGCGGGCGAGCGCGCGAAGAGCGUCGGCGCUGCCAUCAACCAGUGGGUGGACACCAACUCCAGCGGGCGCCAGAGCAGCGUUUUUGCGGCCGACCCCUGGCUGGUGGUGAGCGGUAGGCUGGGAGACAAGUACCCUGAGCCCACAAAG